CUCCCCCGUUGGAGAAGCUUUUCAAUUUUCCUGUAUGCGGAACUUGGAAGCUUCAAAACCUUCAAACAUCUAUAAUGGCGUCCUCCAUUGACAAGCCCUAGCUUCAACUUCUUCACUAUCAUUCUUUGUCCUCAACGUUCGGGGAUAUUGUUUGCUUCUUCUCCCUCUCAAUGGACAGGCAAAUCGACGGUCACGCCGUUCCUUCGACAUAUACUAAUGGCAGGGCUGCUUCAGCCUCCACUUCUUCGUCUCUGCGACCUGAUUACAGUAGUCGAGCAGUACAGGAAGCGCUGAAACAUUUGGCAUCUAUUGAUCUGAUCGAGUUAUGCAAUGAAGCAAAAGUUGAGCAUUGUCGAGCUACAAGAGACUUGAGAAGCUGUGGACGGGAUGUUCAGUUUGUGUCGAAUUCAUGUGGGCAUGCCUCUCUGUGUGAAGAAUGUUGCCAACGGUGUGAUAUUUGUCCAAUAUGCCGAGUCCCAGUUCCAAAAACCAGUGCUAGAAUACGUCUUCGUCUCUUUUAUGAGUGUGUUGAAGCUGGUCUCAUUCCCAAGAAUUCCAAGCAGAAUCCUCCUGAGGAAGAUGGGGAGAAUAGAAUAACUACAGAUGUUCAACGCUUGUACUCCUUAUUUGAUAUUGCGCUGGAAAACAACUUAGUUUCUUUAAUCUGUCACUAUGUUACAGAUGUUUGUAUGGAUGAGAGUGCUGUAUCAAGUGAUCCUGUAAUUGCAUUUUUGUUGGAUGAAGUGGUUGUGAAGGAUUGGUGUAAGCGGGCCUCCAGGAAUAUUAUUACAGAACUUCAAGUAAUAUAUAACUCUGGUGUAGAGGGAAUGAGGUCUAGGAUGAGCCUACUACUUAAGUUUUCGGUGCUGCUUGCUGGCAUAUCCAAUGUGCUAGAAGUGUUAGACUCAUCAUUUAGAAGCUCUCAUUCAGCACAGCUUGAGGACCUGCACAAUCUUCAUGAGGGCAUAUUGAAGAUCAAGCAGCACAUGGAGAUUAUGAUGUGGUGCAUAAGGCAUCAGUUUUUGGAGAAUGUCAGGUCCCGCCAUUCUAGCUUCACAUCAUGGCUUACUGCUGUUCGUGAAAGGAAAUCUGCUGCCAUCCGGCAAUCAUGGCCUGAUGCUUUAGAUGACUCUGCUGAUUCCAUUGGACUGGAUGGAUCUCUCUUCAUCGAGGAUGCACUGGGGAAUCUUGAUAUAGAGCAGUGGUUCUCCCUAGAUGUAGUGGAUGGUUUAGAAAUUGCAUCUCUGGAAAAUGAUGGGGCCCCAGUAAUCUUCAGAUCUAAGAUUGGGGGGAGUUCAGGAUGCUACCCAUUUGAAAAUCUUCGAGUUGCUGUUGACGUCCUCUUUCUUCGUGGAAGUUCUGAUGUAUUGGUUGCAAAGAAAGCAAUUCUUUUGUAUUACUUGUUUGACCGCCAUUGGACAAUGCCUGACGAGAAAUGGAGACAUAUUAUUGAGGAUUUUGCAGCCUCUUUUAGUAUAACACGGCAUUCUUUAUUAGAAUCCUUUGUCUUUUAUCUUCUAGAUGAUCAUACAGAUGAAGCUCUGCAGGAAGCCUGCCGUCUUCUUCCUCACAUUUCAGGCCCAGCGACACAUCCUAAGAUUGCUCAAGUUUUGUUAGAACGGAAAAAUCCUGAUACAGCUCUUAUGGUUUUGAGGUGGUCAGGACAUGACAGUAUGUCAGUCCCAGUUUCACUUGUGGAAGCUGUAACUGGUGUCCGGGUGAGAGUGGAAUGUGCACUCCUGACCGAAGCAUUUAUGUACCAGAAAAUGGUCUGCAAUAGGGUAAGAGAGAGGAAAAAGUAUGAAGAACAUGAAGAUGCAUUUGGUAAUGCUCAAAGCAAAGUUAAAAGCUGGGAGGAUUGGAUGAAAAUAUUGGUGACUGAAAUUUGUUUUCUUUGUAUCCGUCGAAACUUUGUGGAUAGAAUGAUUGAGUUACCAUGGAGUUCUAAUGAGGAAAAGCAUCUCCACAAGUGCUUGCUGGAGUGGUCCACUGCACAUCCAUCAUCCACUAUUGGAAGUCUCCUAUUCGUGUACUAUCUUCAGAGGUUUCGAUAUCUUGAGGCCUACCAAGUAAACCUCUUGCUUCAGAAAGCAGAACAAGGCUAUCUUUCUGAAAAUUCUGUUCAUGAAGAUGUUUUAUCCAGGAUGAAAUUGACUAGUCACUGGCGAGCAGGAUUGGUUGAUAAAUUCAUGGAGUUGCUACCAGAAGUCCAACAGCUGGAAAUAAAAUCUGGGAAGUUGCCCACGGUCGAUGUUAAUUCCGAAGUGGAAUCGUUAUCAGAUGCUGAUCCAUCUGGGGUCCAGGAGCAGCAGUUAAGUGGUAUAUUGAUCCCCUCAACUAAUAUGUCUACUGUAUCACAACAGAGAAACGACAGUCAAUUUAUCCUCAAACCCCCAGUUUUCGAAACUCCAGGAAGGCUAGGUGGGACAUUGAAUCAUAACAUCGCAAAGUUUGGCUCGCCAUCGGUUCACAAAAGGCUAUUUAGUAGUAAGGAAAGAGUACCAAAGAUAGGAAAUAGCCUACACAAGAGUGUAGAUUUUCAGGACAUGUUUAGUUCCGGAUUCCAUCAAGCAAGUGCUAUGAAUAUUUCCCCCUCAGAAGAAGCCACGAGAAGUUCAAGGCUCCUUCCAAAUAGUCAUGAGAAACUCUCACUGGAUAAAGAGCAAAAUGGAAUUACUAACCAAGUUCGGAAUACCUCUCCAUAUUCCCGUAGGAUAACUGCUAACCCUACAUAUAAUACACCCAACCGCAAGUUCGGUUUAUUAGAUGUUCCUUCAAGGGGAGUGCAGGAAAAUGGAUCUACUAAAGAUAAUGGAACUUGGAACAUCUCUUCUUUAGAUGAUCCAAUGGACAUUUCGAGUCAUGGAGGAGGACGAGAUUCUGCAGCUGAUAUUCAAUAUUCGAAUGGUGCUCCAAGAUGGAGGUCUGAUGAAGCAAGCGACGAGGAGGAAGCAAGUCCUGAUAGAGUUCCAAGCAGAGUAGGUCACAGAGCUACCCUAAGCGGUAGUAGUAGAAGAACAAGGUUAACCAAGAGAUAAUGACCGUCGUGUUCAUCGAACAACUCAAGAUAAUGCAUUUUAUGCAAUGUGGCUAGCUUGGAAUCGGUUCAAAGACCAUGAGAGUUGCAAACCUUACCACCUCCAAAUACUCUUGGCUAGGGUAGGAGGACGCAGUGGCUUGAAUUUGCUGCUUCCAUGAGACAUCGAAUAAUCAUUUACAGCCAAAAGCUUCACGUUGCGAAGCUCGGAAAGGAACGAGGAACUCAUUUGAGGUUUGCUGUUUGCUUCCCUUCACUCUCUAUUUUUCAUGUGAAUUUUUGUAUUUUAAAUGUCAAUAUCAAUUGCUUGAUAAUUUUGAUGAAAUGAGUGUGUUUGAUCAGGCCAGCAACGGGUGAGAUUGGUUGAAAAUAUUUAUUGUAAUGCCUCUUUUUUCCAUUGCGAAUAUUGAUAGAGAACUAAUUUAUGUGAGGUAAGAGUAGGACUCCCUCAAUUUUGAUAUCUAUGUUUUAGUGCAAA